AUGCAACCAAAGUUCAGAAUAGCCGGCGGUGUUGAGUCGUCCAUUGGUAGUUGGCCAUGGAUGAUAUCUUUGCGAGCACAAGGUGUUCCUCAACAUCUCUGCGGAGGAUCACUAAUUCAUCGAAGAUUUGUUCUGACAGCUGGACAUUGUACUUAUCUAUUUCUCCCCUGGCAAUAUCAGGUACAUAUUGGUCUUCAUUAUUUGAAUGAUACAGAUCAUUUUGUUUCUCCUGUCAAACAAAUAUAUCGUCAUCCAAACUAUACAUCAACAGUCGACUUUUCUCAGACCAUUUAUGACUUCGCUGUUCUUGAGUUGGAACGUGAUACAGAAGAGCUAUUUGAAACCAUCUGUCUCCCUUUUCUUCCAGAAAAUCUGAAUAUCAACGAUGAAAUGAACACAACAACGUUGGGUUGGGGUAUGACGAGCUCGAAUGCCACUAGUUUAUCUCUCACUUUACAAGAAGUCACUCUGAAAUUGUUAAAUAAUUCGUCACCGGAGUGUACCAAGACUGAUCAAGGGCCGUUAAUUAUGGAUACAUCAUUGCAACUUUGUGCUGGACGUCUCGAAGGUGGUUAUGGAACGUGUGGAAGCGAUUCGGGUGGGCCAUUGAUGAUACAAGAUCCAUCGGAUAGCCGUUGGUAUCUCAUUGGUAUCACAUCGUAUGCAUGGGGCUGUGGUUUACCGCGAUCACCUACUGUAUUUUUACGUGUAAGCGCCUAUCUUUCUUGGAUGAUGGAGAAUAUACCCGAACUCUCCGAUCUCGAACCAACACCAUCAACUGCUACGUCGAUCCAAUUGUCAUUUCCCGUGCUGCCAGUGAUACCGUCACGAGUUGCUAUCUCGUUACCCGCCGGGUAUCGACCAAAUUCGAUCAAAUUCCUCAGCUUCUACGGAUACAGCCAUGGGUAUCCAUCUCGUUACCCGCCGGGUAUCGACCAAAUUCGAUCAAAUUCCUCCGGAUUCUGA